GGAAAACCACUAGACUCAUUGAUGGAGAAAAUCAAUCGAGUAAAAUGAAUAUGUCUGGGUGUGGAAACUUGUGUUGCUUAUACUUGCAUUGCAAACUGGCUGCCUGUAGCUGUACGGCAUGACAGCAUGAGAAAUUUCCCUCGGCUCCCUGCGGAUUCAUUCGUGUUUAGCAUUACAAACUGCCGUCCAGCACGACAAAAAAGCUGGCAAAUGGUCUUCAUGCAUUACAGAUCUUGUUGUCCCCGAAGUCCUGCAUCACAAAUCCAGACCCAGUCAUAUUUGCAACGCAUACACUACGGAAAGAAACUACGUGGUCGGCGAAUCCCUAAACGACACCGCGUCCGCGCGGUUGGCCAAAGCGCACCAGAUCGUGAACAGUGAGGAGAUGAACCAAACCAGUUCGAGGACUUCUUGGAAGCAAAUCUUCUUC